AUGCGGUUGACCAACAGCCUGGCGGCGGCGGGGCUCUUGGAGAGCGGAGGAGCCCGCCCGUUAGUCGUGGAGGUGACGCACAGGAGAAGCAGCCGACCGUCAUCUCAGACGGAGGCCGGAAAGUCUCCGGUGCUGCUCGGCUUCAGCUCGGAUGAAUCUGACUCGGAUAUCCCCCAAGCGGCGGUCAGGAGCCCGGCCCAGCGGGACUGUGUGGAGCCGAUAGACGGGCGGAAGGCGCCUGUAUGGUGGGGGGCGCGCAGGCCACAACACCACCACCCCUCCUCGGAGGAUGAAGAGGACAGGAAGAGCAGGGCGGUGAAUGGCAGCCGCCUCUCCUACUGCCGGGACUGUUCGGACUCCGAUGAGGAGGAGGAGGCUGCGAAGGACGAGGCGCUGAGCCGCCGGAGCAGACGGAAUGUGAGCAGACAGGCCCGGGAUAACGGCAUGGAGCCUCCCGACACAGCGGCCUGGGACAGGGACGAGAGCCAAGUGUCUGCCAGACACCGGACCGCCAGGAAGUCUCCAGACAAAAGCAACAAUCACCUGGGGGCCAGCCACAGCCACGACGGCGGCUCCACAGCCCGCCUGUACACGGCCAGCAACAGCAUUCCCGGCCGGAUCCCCUACUCCAACCAUGCCGGGCCCAACCACACCUACUACAGCAAGAAGAAGCCGCUGCCCGAGCCCGAGGAGGAGCUCCUCCAACAGUUCAGGAGUGCCGAGGUGUCCCCCACCGGCGGCUUCAGUGCCCACUACCUGUCCAUGUUCCUGCUCACUGCCGCCUGCCUCUUCUUCUUCUUCCUGGGGCUCACCUACCUGAGGAUGCGAGGCACGAGCCUUGCUGGGGAGGAGAGCAUACAAAGUCCUGAUGGCUUUCCCGGUUAUACACAGAAAAAUCUGCUGAUGAGCACUCUUCAUAAACUUCAUGACAAAUUGGCAAAGACUGCAGGAGAUUAUAUUUGUGGUGAUGCAGAAUAUGGUCGUAAUUUCCGUCCAGGAGGCAGCUGAAUAUUUACAGGGUUUAGGUCAAGAAUAUAUUGGUGAAUUUAACAACUCCUUAAAAUGGAUUUUACAGUCUGGGAAAGAUGUUGGAAUAAAGUGUUCUGGGGAUUUGGUAGAUGAUGAUCACUUAAAUAUCACCAGUGUAAAGUACUUGGAAUCUACACGGCCACAGAUGUCCUUUCUAUGUCGCAUUCGACGUGCAGUUAUUACUGUAGCUUAUAGGCUGUCACUUUUUACCUCUAGGCAUUGCUGCUGUCUGGGCUGUUUUUCGAUAUAUGAAAUAUCGUUGGGCAAAAGAGGAGGAAGAAACUAAACAAAUGUAUGACCUGGUCAUAAAAAUUAUAGAUGUUUUGAAAAGUCAUGGUGAAGCUUGCCAAGAAAACAAAGAACUUGAUCCAUAUACACCAAUCCCACAUGUGAGAGACUCUUUGAUCCCAGCUUGUGACAGGAAAAAAAUGAAAAAGGCUUGGGAACGAGCAGUUGAAUUCCUGGCUACAAAUGAAUCUCGUAUACAGACUGAAACACAGAAAAUAGCAGGAACAGAUUUCCUUGUAUGGAAAUGGAUUCAGCCACUUUCAUGUGACAAGAUCUCGGCCAUCCCUUCUAAAGUAUGGCAAGGGCAAGCUUUCCAUCUGGAUAAAAGAAAUUCUCCUCCAAAUAGCCUGACUCCCUGCUUAAAAAUACGCAAUAUGUUUGAUCCAGUCAUGGAAAUUGGUGAUCAUUGGCAUUUGGCAAUUCAAGAAGCGAUUUUGGAAAAAUGUAGUGAUAAUGAAGGGAUAGUUCACAUUGCAGUAGAUAAAAACUCCAGAGAGGGAUGUGUUUAUGUAAAAUGCUUAUCCCCAGACUAUGCAGGAAAAGCUUUCAAGGCAUUACAUGGAUCCUGGUUUGAUGGAAGUUGGUGACUGUAAAAUACCUGCGAUUAGACCGCUAUCACCAUCGAUUUCCACAAGCUAUUACAUGCAACACUCCUCUGAAGCCAUUAAACAAACAUAUGAACUCUAUGUCACAGUUGAAUCUUCGGACUGGCACAUUAAAUUCUCAGUCAUUAUGA